CACACACACACUCAUACUCACACACACACACACACACAGACACACACACAGCUGCAGCAAGUAAGGACCUAAAGUACUGAAUGACAUUUUGAACAGCAAUCGCUGUCCAGAAAACUGUCACUGGGCCAAACAGUUGCAGCAGGACCAAACAGGAAGAAAGUAGCAGCAAAAUUCUGAACCAUGGGCGAUUUACAGGCUACCAUAGAAUUCUCCGUGGAGCUACACAAAUUCUUCAAUGUGGAUCUCUUUCAACGUGGACUGUACCAGGUGCGCUGUGGGCUGCGGGUGUCGCCACGCCUGCCCGUCCAGGUGGAGACAAGUAUUCCAGAUGCCAAUGGCAAACCGAAUGUGAACGGACAUGGAGCCGCAGCCGGAGCCGGAAUCGGCAUUGGCAUCGAUCCGACCAGCGAUAGCGAACGGGAGCAUGAGCAGUCAUCGCCGGAGGAUGCAGGAGGAGGAACAACGGUGCCGGGCAGCAGCGGCAGCUGCACAUCCGCCAGCAUAAUCAAUGGCAGCGGCGCAUCGCGCAUAUUUCAGAUACUCUAUCGGAACGAGGAGGUGCCGCUACGCGAUGUCAUUCACUUUCGCAGUCAUCUGCUGGUUGAUAGCCGUCACCUGAAGGAGUCCAUCGAACGAGCCGAGUUCUCAUUGCAACUGGAAUUGUGGUUUGGGGAACAGAAUGGCACCACCAACUUGACGUUGGCCUCCACACGCAAUUUACAGUUGAAUUUUCAUCCGGGACGCGGUCUUCAUUAUCAUCUGCCCGUGCUGUUCGACUACUUCCACUUGGCGGCCAUCAGUGUGGGCAUUCAUGCCAGUCUUGUGGCCCUGCAUCAGCCAUACAUCAAUGCACCACGUAGUUCGAAGCCUUGGAGCGCCGGCAAGUUGAGCUGUCGUGGCAAUACUUCACCCGGUCCACUGGAGGCAGUCUUCUUUGGACCACAAAUCGGUGGCACCACCAAGUGUAGUGGUGGACCCACUGGCCGCUUGCUGCAAUCUCGCCAGAUUCAUCGGGAUAUUUGUGGACUGCUUCUAGGCGCUAUUGAGCAGCUGAAGGCGACUUUAAAUGAGUUCAGCACGGUGCUUCCGCCGAGCAUCAACUCGCAGAUUGGUUCGCCUCCUUUGAGGGAGAAUGACACGGCAGAGCGACUGCAGCAGCUGAUGGAGCAGGCAAAGCUACUUGAGGCGGAGGAUGACUUUGCCACGCUGGCCAACUCGGAUAUAGCGCAGUUAUGUGCGGAGAGCAUCUUCUGGUGGCGUCGUGUGCUGCUCGCCUCCCGAUCCUCGACAGCGGUGCACACUCUGCUGGCCAGGAAGCAUCACAUACUGCGCGUGCGUCGCUUUGCUGAGGGCUUCUUUGUGAUGGAGCAGCCCAGACAUGCAGCUGCCGGUUGCCAUGAGAUCAACAGUAGUCCAGGUCAUUGUCAGGGCUAUGCGGCAAUUGCGGAGCUGGCGCGAAGGAGUCGCUACCUUCAGUCGUUGCCGCCGUUGCCCGUGCACUGUACACCAAUUGAUGGGGAUGCCGCCUCAUUGCCGCUCAUCUUUGAGGAUCGUUAUGUGGUGCCCGGCUCGAGUUAUGGCAGGCGUCGUUCCGGCAGUGAUCCACAGCUGGAUGAGACUUCGACUGUGGCAAGGAAGAAGUCAACGGUGCCGGAUAAGACGCACUCGAGCAGUAGCCUCAAUGGCACCAAGGAUUGCCUCGCCUGUCACUUCGACUACGACUAUCCGCAGAGCAAUGGCAAUGGUCCAGCUCAUCCGCAUGCCAAGUGCGUGGUCACACCAAGAUUCGCUUUAGGAGGCGAAGUGCUCCAAGCCAGCUUGACCAUCGCACCCAGCAACAAGGAUGCCCAGCCGGUUGCACUGCGUCACAAUCUGUCCAGGCACUCGGUAACCGGGUUGCUCGAGGAUCUCGACGUAGAGUGCAAUGAGGCGACGCUGCCGACGCGGCACAGCAAAUCCCUGGAUCAACUGGACGGCUGUCAGACAAACGCAGAGACUCCGGUCCUCGCACCCGCCUGUAAUCCUCGCCAGGUGAGCUACAACACCUUGCCCGCGGGUCUGGCCCGACUCCAAGCCGAUGAUCUGAUGCGCAACAUCUGCGAGUUCCGACAACGCUAUGGGAAUCCUGGCAAAUUUGACUACUUGAACGAGAUCAAGCUGCUGAAUCCUCCCAAGCAACAGCAACAGCAGGCGGCGAGCGCCUACAAUUCCUUGCCCAAGAGCAUGGUUCCUCCGCGCAACUCGUAUCCACCGCCUCCGCCCAGUCAGUAUACCACGAUGCCAAGAAGCAGCAGCUCCCAGAUACCACGUGCCGUGGAGAUUGCCCGUGUCCGUGUAUCUGAUAUCAAGGAGAUGCUGCGGCAGGGUCAGGGACAGGGACAGAGUCAGGGACAGGGCACAAUGCGUAAGGAGUCGAGCAGCUCGGAGAGCGACAUGAUGCAGAAGCUGCAGUUGCUCAGCUCCAGCAGUGUGCCCUUCCGUCUGGAUGCCACCACGUCAGCUAAUAGCAACAACAACACCAACAGCAGUGAUCCCAACACGAGUGGAUUCAGUGAAUCCCUGCCCAAUUUGGCGCCGCCUCCCGAAUUCGAUUCGGAUUCGCGACGACAGCGCAGCAAUUCCACAUCCUCGCUGAGUGAGGAGAGCGGCUGGGUGAGCAGCCGGCGCAGUUCCUUGGCCAUCUCCAGUCCAGAUACCAUCACGAGCACCGGGCAGCAUCGCCAGCAGCGGCAUACCCAACUCAAUCUCGGCAUGGGCAUGGGCCUGGAGACGCGUCUCAAUGGGGAGCAACUGCGUCUGCGACUGCAGAAGCUGCUCGAUCAGCAGCAGCAACAACCGCAUAAGCCGACCAGGAAGCGCCAAUCCGCCGGCUCCAGUCAGAGUCGUACUCCGGCCCGACAGCAACAGGCGCAGGAGAAGGACAAGGAGCUGCACAAGAAGAUCUCAUCGGUGACCGUCACCAUCAAGAAGGAGCGUUCACGUUAUCAGCUCGAUCGUUUGCGUCACCUGCCCAAUGGCGAGUCCACCGAGGUGGAGGACUUGGAGCGUCCGCCGCCACGACGUAGUCGCCACAAAGGCGCCGCCAACAAGUGUGAGAAAUCCAAAUCCGACUUUGAUAUAACCAGCUUGAAGGAUCUGCAGCCCUUGGAGACGGUUUGCCUGCCGCCGCCACAGCAGUUUCAGGAUCAGGAGCAGGAUCAGGAAGUCUCGGUGGUGGUGGCACCACCGCCACCCGAUGAGUUCCGUGAUCCACCGCCAGAGCCAGCACCUGCUGCGGUUCCAGUUGCACCCCUUGCAAUUCCAUCAACUCCAUCUGUGACCAAGUCCAAGACCAAAUCCAUGCCAUGUCAUGUGGUGCAUGCACCACCGCCACCGCUUAAGGAGCGUCAGCCCAUUGGUGCCAUUGACAAUCCAGUUUAUCACAUCUACGAGUCACUGCGUCCCAUGUCCACGCCAGCGAUCUUCAGCAACAAGCCGGUGCUCAAAUCCCACAGUCUGGCGGAGCUGAAGCGUCCGCCGCAACACCAAUGCAAGUUGCCAAUCCAGGAGAACGGCCUGAACGGAGCAGUGCCAGUGGAAGUGGAGCAGGAUGAGAACAAGGAGAACUCCAAUGGUGUUAUUCUGGUGCGGAGCAAGCCAUCCAAUGGCUCCGUCACCAAGCACAAGCGCAAGAAUCAAGCAACGAAUCAGGAAGCCAGUCCCAGUAUCUCCCUCUUGGAGUUCGAAAAGUGUCGCGAGGAGUUCCGCAAGCAGAUCAAGUACCAAGGCAACAUCUACUCCGACUAUGUCCAACUCGCCUCGGAGCUGCCCUAUUUCUAUAUCAGCGAUGAGUAUCGCGCCUUCUCGCCCAAUGGCAUGCACCUCGUCAUCUGUGUCCAUGGACUGGAUGGCAAUUCGGCGGAUCUGCGUCUGGUUCGCACCUAUCUGGAGCUGGGAUUACCGGGCGUGAAUCUCGAGUUUCUCAUGUCCGAGCGCAAUCAGGGCGAUACCUUCUCGGACUUUGACACCAUGACUGAUCGGUUGGUCGCCGAGAUCCUUUACCAUAUCGAUAGUUGUGGCCUGAAUCCUGCACGCAUUUCUUUUGUGGCGCAUUCCCUGGGAACGAUCAUUGUACGCAGCGCCUUGGCACGUCCUCAGAUGCGUCCACUGCUGUCACGUCUGCACACCUUCCUCUCGCUCUCCGGUCCGCAUCUGGGCACGCUCUACAAUACUAGUGGACUCGUCAACAUGGGCAUGUGGUUUAUGCAGAAGUGGAAGAAGUCUGGCUCCCUGUUGCAGCUUUGCAUGAGGGACACUACAGACAUGCGCAACAGUUUCCUUUACCGCCUGAGUCAACGGAGCACAUUACAUCAUUUCAGCAAUAUUCUGCUCUGUGGUUCCAGCCAGGAUCGCUAUGUGCCCGCGCACUCGGCGCGUCUGGAGCUCUGCAAGGCCGCCAUGAGGGAUACCUCCUCACUGGGCACCAUCUACAGGGAAAUGGUACAUAAUGUCAUUGCACCCAUUUUGGCUAGACCGGAACUGACGCUCGCCCGCUUCGAUGUGCAUCAUGCGCUGCCGCAUACGGCCAACACGCUGAUAGGACGAGCUGCUCACAUUGCGGUGCUGGACUCGGAGCUGUUCAUUGAAAAGUUCAUGUUGAUUGCAGGCCUGAAGUACUUCAGUUAACAUGGCUGCCCUGGAAAUGGAACUAAUAAUGGAACUGGCACUCGAACUGAAACGUAAACCUAAACCAAAUCGGGGCUGAAGUACUUCAGUAAAUGAUGAAUGCUAAAACAAUUUUGUAGCUAUAAGUCUGUAGUACUCGUACUUAUACUCGUAUUUUAAUGUUAUUUAAUAUGUAACACAAGAAUUCUAUUCAUAACCAAACACAGGGUACACUGUUUGAUUACAAAAUCCGAGUAAGAACAAGUUUCUUCAGCCAACAGAUUCCACUGCAGUUCAGUUGGAAUAAGGAAUUUAUUGAAGCAAAUUGUUAGACUUGAAUUUUUUACCAAUACAAACCUUUUCUAGAGAAUUGAAAUUUAGUAAGAAUCACAACAUACAAAAAAAACUUAAACAAUUAAUCAAAACCAAAGAACGUUUAAUCAAAAACUAUAACCAAAGCGGCAUAACUGUUGGAAACGUGUUAUCGAUAAAUUACAUUUUAUAACUAAUAAGAGUUCUAAACUUGAUGUAAAACGGAAGCCAAAGACAUCACAAGUAGUCUAGAUCUUAAGUUCAAAAAAUACCAAAUAUUUACGAGUCUUUUUGAAACGGUUGAAUUGAAAAACGAAUUCUGUAAUGAAAGUGGGAUUACUGAAAUGAUCAUGAUAAGUAUACGUAAACUAACGGUAGCUGAGCACAUUGAAUACAAGGUUGCAUUUCGAUAACUUUAGCAGAUUAAAAAUGUAUUAGAAAUUUGUGAGACUAAUUAAAAACAAAAAAUAAUAAUAUGAGAACAAAAAUCUCUGUACUGCUAAAAAGCGACUAUGGUAGAAAGAAUUUAGAGUAGCGUUGCUAGAAGUUUGUAGAGUUGAGUAGUUAAAAUGCAUUUGUGGAGUGCGUCAAUUAUGCUGGAUAUUAUGGGUGUGUGAAGGUCUUGUGUUUUUUGUUUUGUGUUUGGAAAAAUCUGAAUAUAUUAUUGGGAACAACAAACAAGUUAGUAAAAUGAAUCGAUAUGUAGAAAGCAGUUAGGUCAACUUGAAAAUUUGUAGUCUAGUCGUAGAUUAAUACUACAUACAAACAUACCAACUUAUGUGUUUUCUGAGCUUUUUUUCAAAUUGUUGUUGUGAACUUUUUAGCAUGCCUAUAUCAAUUUCUUUGUAUACCUUUUUGAAAAACUACCCGUUUUGACUAUACAUACCAGAAGUUGCAUUCUACGUGUAUAACCGUCCUAAAUCUUACACAACAAUGUACUAUAUCAACAUGCAAAUAUUUAAUUUUAACGAAAACAAACGUGUUUUAUGCAUACUAUUUAAAUAUGUGUGAGUUAAUUCCUAAGCUACUUCGAUUUUACGCAAUGUACUCAAGUAUCCCCUAAGUUGCAAUUUAAAGGUUUUUCAUUUCAAUAAAAUAUACUAAAAUCAAAUUUUAGUAAAAUUAAAAA